AUGCCACACCUGCGCAGGCAACCCAAUCCCCGCAAUCCGGUCCCUAGCCAAGACCCCAAUACCACACCAGACCUACGAGCGCAGUACCACACCCCGCCAACGCGUCAUCCAAUCCCAAAUCCACCCACCGGCCCAAAUGCUUUCACACCCGAGGCCGCCCAAGCGGGACACCCAGCGGCGCGGAUAUAUCCAUUUGGAGUAUUUGGCAGAUCACCAGCUGAGAUCCGGGCUUUGGCUAUGGAUGCUGAUUUCGACGACGACUACGAUCCCCGUGUAGGCGGGAUGGCCGAGCCCGAGGACGACGAACCACCCAGCCCAGACGAUUCAUUUGACGUCGAUCAAACGACAGAAGGUCAAUUUGAUGACUCUGAUCUUGACGAACAGCAAGAAGAUGGCGAUGACGUAUACGAGGAAGAUGGGGACGAGGAAAUGCAAGAUCGCGGUACUGACCCUUUCCCCCGCAACGCGCCUCAUAAACCAACUGCCAAAACUAGUGCUAACACAUCUAAAGAGAAAUCGGCAACCCCACUACCGCCUAAUCUACGUGAGAUCUCCUCACUGGCAUCCUGGACAGUGUCAACCUCCAAACCAGGCUGCGGCGUCGCCGCCCUCCGCAAUACCUCCCCAUCCCAAUACUGGCAAUCCGACGGUCCACAACCACACACACUCACCCUCCACUUCUUCAAAUUGGUAGCUGUCGUGCGCGUCCGCGUAUAUCUCGACUUCGAACUCGACGAAAGCUACACACCUACCAAGAUGAUCUUCGCCGCCGGCAUGGGCGGGAACGACCUCGUGGAAUUCGCAACCUGGGAAGGCGAAGCACCAUGCGGAUGGGUAGAUAUCCCACUCGAAGGUGUGGGUGGUCGAAAUGGCGGAUGGGUACGUGAAAAGGGCAAUUCCCGAGCGCGGAACCGUGUUCUCUAUCGGAACUGCGAUGACCCUGGCCAUGAACAUGAUGAAGAGUGUGAACCUGUGGAUGAGGAUAGUGAGGAUGAGGAUCCUUAUUCUGGGAAUGUGCUUAAGGCUAUGGUGAUUCAGAUGCGGAUUAUGGAGAAUCAUCAGAAUGGAAAGGAUACGCAUGUUCGUGGGUUCCAGGUUUUUGCUUGUGAUGAUAGUAGAAGGAAGAUGGGGAAUGCGCCUUCGGCUUCGGCUGAUGAUCGGCGGAGGCCGCAUCAUGAUUUGAGGGGGAUGGUGAAUGAGGAUGUUGAGGCUGGGUUGCCUGUUGGUUUGGAGGAGCCGGAUUGGAUGGGGGAGCCUGUUAUUCGAUAG